AGCGAAAAGCCAAGAAGAGGAACUAGGAGCCCGGCAACACUCGAUGGUGGUCGAGGGGUACCAAAAAAAGCGUCGGCCCAUCGGGGAAUCCAGAGCAGCUCAUCUUCAUAUAAGUUCGAGAGAUUCCGACGAAAGCUGUCUGUCCAAUUGAAGUCGUGGUUCAAGUGAGAAGUGUCCAGCCAUUUCUAGACUUGUCCUGAAGUUCAAAUUUGGAGCAAUUCCUACCUCGAUUUGGGUCCAGAGUUCUUAAGGUUGACAAAAGGCUGUCCGGAUAUUGUCGAAUCCUAAGCUAGCUGGACUGCAAAAGUUUUUGGAAAACUUGAAAACAUGAGGUGUUUUCAAUUCUUGGCCUGUGCCACCCUGGCUGUAUUUGUGCAAGGCGCAAAGCUUGGGAAUCAUCACGGAAAUGUUGAAAAACCAUCCCAGCUCUAUGGCCCCCCACAAGAAACUGCUCAGGCUGCCCUGGCAGAGCCCAAUCAACCCGAUCAAAAAGUACCGGAAGAAGCCUCCAUUUACCAAACUCUACCUGAAAUCAAUCAAGACAACUGGGGCAGGGAAAAGUUCUACAAAUUUGGAUACAGCAGCCAAGGCGGUAAACGCGAAGAGAGUUCGGAUUACCAAGGAAAUGUGGUAGGGAGCUACAUUCAAAUUGGAGUGGACGGAGAGCCUUUUGAGGUCCGGUAUACAGCAGGCUCAGAGAGAGGAUUUGUCAUCGAAAACAUUGACGAGGUUCGUCGUAGGACCACUCCUAUAGUAGAAGAGGUCGGAGCUCCAUCUGCUGCAGGAACUGUGGAUGUUGCUUAUACCAACGACGGUCAUGCUAGUCAACCUCAACAGUUUGUCCAACCUGCUCAGCAAACACACACCUCUCAAAUUCAAAGGAAUAGUUUCCAGGGUAUGAAUACAAAACAACAAUCCAAUUCAAUCUUGCUUCAAUACAAUAAUGAAAAUCAGCAACCUCAAACUGGACCUGAAGAAGGCCCUGCAGAAGAACCCUUUAUGGAAUUUGACUUUGGAUACAGCAAUGCCCUAGGAUCUCACAACUCAAACGGUGACAACUCUGGAAAUGUCCGAGGGGAGUAUUCUUACCCUACCGCAGAUGGACAGACCAUCAAGGUUCAAUACAAGGUGAAUCCAACGUCUGGAUUUGUGAUCGAGAAUGAGGCAGAGCUGAAGAAGACUCUGGAAGGUAUUAGCAAGACCAUUGGAGAGCAGCCACAACAGCAACAACAAAAACAACAACAACCUCCUGUAUCCUAUCAAACACCAGUUCAACCCAUCUCCAACACUCAACAUCAGCAACAAGUCCCUCAGACGGGGACUUAUCAAUCACAAUUGGGAUACAGCAAUAAAAAUCAGCAACCCCAACCUGGACCUGAAGAAGGCCCUGCAGAAGAACCCUUUAUGGAAUUUGACUUUGGAUACAGCAAUCUCCUAGGAUCUCACAACUCAAACGGUGACAACUCAGGAAAUGUCCGAGGGGAGUAUUCUUACCCUACCGCAGAUGGACAGACCAUCAAGGUUCAAUACAAGGUGAACCCAACGUCUGGAUUUGUGAUUGAGAAUGAAGCAGAGCUGAAGGAGACUCUGGAAGGUAUUAGCAAGACCAUUGGAGAGCAGCAGCAACAGCAACAUCAACGACAACAACAACAACAACAACAAACUCCCGUAUCCUAUCAAACACCAGUUCAAUCCAUCUCCAACACUCAGCAUCAGCAACAAAUCUCUCAGAUUGUUCCAAUCACGACCACGGCCACACGACCACAAUUGGGAUACAGCAAUGAUAAUCAACAAACCCAACCUCAACAGAAAGCUCUGGGCGAGGAGUACGCGGCAUACAACUUUGGAUACAGCUAUGACCUCAAUUCCCGGAAAGAAACCGCUGAUAACUCUGGAAACGUGAAUGGAGAGUAUAGCUACGUAGAUGCCAAUGGAGAGAAUGUUCGAGUCCAAUAUAAGGCUGGCCCUCAGAUUGGAUUUGUCAUUGAGAAUGGAGAAGAGCCCCAAGGCUCACCAGUUCAAGCCCAAAACGGAUUUGCCUACCAGAGUCAGAUAAAUGCUGCAGGUCAGCAAGCUCUGGAUUAUCCUGAACUCCCUAAGGAAGAUCAUUCAGGUCAUCAGCAAUUGGCCCAAGGAAAAAAGCAAAAUGAGGAGGAAAUCAAGUAUAAACCCUACUCUUUCAACUAUCAAGGCGAUGAGAGCAGCCGUUUUGAAGAGUCUGAUGCUUCCGGAGCCGUUCGUGGCCAAUACAACUACAUCAACGCUGAGGGGAACACAAUCCUUGUCCAAUAUUCUGCUUCCCCGGACACUGGUUUUGUAAUUGAGAACGAGCAAGAGCUCUCCCAAGCAUUGGAAAAGGCUACAAAAGAUGGGGCUCAAGCUGCGGCCGCUGCUAGAACGGAACAACAACGCAAGCAAGCCGAACAAAAGCAAGAAGUCCAACGGGGAUUGUCCGGCUUCAACCAAUUCGCAAAAGACCGUCAACACUCCCAACCAGCUUUCCAUACCCCUUCCUCCAAGUAUUCGCAACAAACCCAAGUUGGACAAGUCAAAGGUGCUUCAUAUCAACGCCCUCAUCAACCUCAAGCCCACACUUAUGCUCAAGCUUCUGCGCCAACGCUUUCCGUUACCAGCCUCCUUGGUGAGGAGCCAACCAGAAGACGCAUUGUCGUCCGAAAAAGGCGUCCCCAGGCCCAAACCGGUCACAGCACCUCCUCAAAGGCCAACCAUGCCACGCAGCAAACGAACUAUGCCCAAACUGCCAAAGAGCCCGACUACGAAUACGAAGAUGACUCUGAACAAGGUCCAAACGCCGCCUAUUCCUUCUCCUACCAGACAAAAGGCCAAAGUCAGAUCGAAAACACAGACGACCAGGGUGAACGAGUGGGAAGCUAUAGCUAUAUUACUCCCGAGGGAACCGAGGUAGAGGUCCGUUACCGAGCAGGACGAAAUGGAUUCGAGAUCUUGAACUGAUUGCCGUAUGCCAUUUGAAAAUCGAGUACAAACAGACCAGAUGAGGAAUCCUCUCGAUGCUUCCAAAAACUGUCUAAAAAAAUCAAUUCUAACGAAGGGCAUUAACCAAUAAAAACCCGUUUGAAAAGAAAAAAAAAUAUAAUCAUACAUUCACUUCCCUUGCAUAUAACAACUGGAUUUUAGUUUGAUUUUUGGGGUUUAACGAGAGGUUGAGUUUUUUAUUUCUAGCCAUUGCGUACUUCAAAGCUGAUGUGUCGAUAUGGGAUUUGUGUGACCACUGUAUACCAUUAGCAUGGUUACAUCAAAAAGUUGUCAUCUUUUUUUUUUUUAACACGAAACUACUCAUAACUUUGCGUCCAUUUUCACCUCAUAACACUUCUGUCCAAAACAACAUAGGGGAAGACUUUGGCAUUAUUCGAACAAUCUUUCUGGUCACUCAAAGGUGGCCAGCUGGCCUCGUAUAUUGAUUAAAAAGCCGAAAACCGUAAGUACAAGUAGUAAAGCAAGGAGCAAGUUUGGAUACUCGUGAGCAGUGCCGCAGUUGUUCCAAUUGAAGGAAUAAAAAUACCCAAGAGAGGCAAUUCUCCAGAGGCAGUGACAAAUCAUCAUCGCCCGAGUCUUCCUCUAUUCACCUUCCGUGUCUAUCUAUCUGUAUAUGUUUAUGGUUGCUCAUCUUCUUCCUGGAUAUUCUCUCUCAUUUCUAAUGUUACUCGCCAUCUAUCAAAGGGGUCUCAGCAUCGUCAAUUCAGAAGUAAAUGCUGUAUGAGUCAAGAUAACAUCAGAAAGAAGGCUGUCUUACACUUGUUUUGGCUGAGCUAUGCGGAGCCUGUUCAAGUGUGUCGAGUGACGUGAAUGUCCUGAACAAUGGAACAAAGGCUAUUGCUGGAAGAGAUUUGUACCCUACCCGCUCUGAAAUGCAAUACGAAUUCCAUUCCAAUUGUUGCGCCCUGUCAGAAACAGUUGUUCCACAUCACGCGUUAAGAUUCCACCACUGCUACUACUUCUUUUUCCUCCUGUAUAGUGUAUGCUCUCACAAACACAGCUAACGGAUCCGAUCUUGAUCUCACAGUUUUGGUAUGCGUGAGAAAAACAAGGACAUAACGGAAAGGAAAUAAACUAGGAAUAUCUGUUA